AUGCAGACAGAUAUAGUUGACACGGAGGCACUCGAGCCUGGAAGGACCUCAGUUGAGCCACAACCAAUACCAGAAGCUCAACACACUCCCCAACCGGAGAAGGACGCAGACGGGACAGACACGGGCGAGUCGGGGCCAGAUCUUUCUCAAUCGGUCGCAGAGACCAGCACGGCCAUCCAUGGACCACGCUUAUGGCUCUUGAUCGCUGGCAUGAUGCUUGGCGUCUAUCUUGUAGGCCUCGACACAACCAUGCUUGCUACAGUCAUACCCACUCUCACGGAUUAUUUUGGUACCAUUAGCGAUGUGUCCUGGUACGGGACAUCCUAUGUCAUCGUUGCAUGUGUCUUCAUUCCCUUGGUCGGUAGGAUCUUCACAUUAUUUCGGGACAAAUUCAUCUACCUCACAUUCAUGGUGAUCUUCUUAAUCGGUAGCAUCAUUUGCGCCGUCUCCACGUCAAGCUCUGUCUUCAUACUUGGCCGGGCCGUCAAUGGGCUUGGCUCGGCCGGCCUCAUCACGGGUGCCCUGCUCGUCAUCCGUGCUGCCUGCGAGCCCAGGAUCCGGCCAGCUAUCACCUCGGCCACGGUCGCGUUGAUCCCGCUUGGAUCCGCCACUGGGCCCCUGAUUGCAGGCGCGCUGACCAGUCGCGUAGGCUGGCGAUGGUGCUUCUGGAUCUUUCUUCCCAUAGGAGGUUUCGCCAUAGUAACCACUCUUCUCAUACCAAUCCCCGAUCAUAUGCCCAAACCAGCCUGGGAUGAGGCUGUGCUCAGCAUGCGCACCAAACUGGACCCUGUAGGUUUCGUGCUGUUUGCUGGUGCCGCCACGUCGGUUUUGCUCGCAACCACCUGGGGCGGAACAACCUAUGCUUGGUCCUCAGCAACCAUCAUUGGCUUGUUUUGUGGUUUUGCUGCUCUGAGCGUGGUCUUUACCCUGUGGAUUCUGCACGCGGGUGAAAAUGCCCUUAUACCGCCAUCGACGUUUCGGCGUCGGUCUGUAACGUUUGGAAGUGCUUUCAUGUUCCUUCAAGGCGGUGCCACGCAGAUGAUCUCAUAUUAUCUGCCUUAUUGGUUUCAGGCUAUCAAAGGGGACUCGGCGGUGUGGAGUGCCAUUCACAUGUUGCCAUCCAUCUUGUCGCAAAUCCUUGCAUUGAUCACCUUCGGAACGCAGGUUCGCAGAUUUCAAUUCAUUCCUCCGUGGGGUAUCACCGGGAGCGUUCUCAGUUGCAUUGGAGCUGGCCUCAUCACGACCUUCUCCGUCCACACGUCGACAGGGCGAUGGAUUGGUUACCAGAUCAUCGCAUCGGUAGGAAGAGGCAUGGCCUUUCAAGUGCCCAUCAUCUCCAUUCAAGAAACCGUACCCGCCAAAGAAACCGCAGCCGCCACAUCUGUAGCCAAUCUGUUCAUGCAAUUUGGCACGGCCAUUUCCAUCUCCGCCAGCCAGUCUAUUUUUGACAAUCGUCUGCCUGAUCUGCUCUCGCAGUAUGCUCCUGAUGUCGACGCCAGCGCAGUGCUGAAUGCUGGGGCCACAGAGGUCCGUGGUCUUGUGGCUCCGAGCCAGCUCCCAGGGUUUCUUCUGGCGUAUAACGAGGCUCUGGUUAUCAUGUUCUACUUUCCAGUUGGGUGCUCAGCGCUUGCAGCCCUGGUUGGAUUUGGCCUGCCGUGGAAUCGGAUGUAG